AUGACCAACAUCAAGGAGCUCCAAGGCCUGCUUGUGGAGAGAGAGCGGCAGCACCAACCACCAGCGAUCAUUAUCACCCAAGAUGAGGAGGACCCCAUCUCUGACAGACAGGUCAUGGCGGCAGUGCCAGAAAACUGGCGUGAACCUGAUGCAGAUGUGGGCAUAGGAGCAGCUGUAGCAACACCACAUGGCACAAUAUCACUUUGGCUUCGAGAGCGAGUCAGAAUUGACAUGACAGUUGAUCAGGCCAUAAGGAUUAUUAAUCCAAAGAACAAUAUUGUCUUGACACUCAGCAGCAGUGGCUCUACAUCUUCAUUAAUUCACCCAAAUGGACGUGUUUACCAGUAUGGUAGUCGUGUUGAAAUUAUGGCUAAUGACCCUCAUGGAAACAACAAGUACGCUAAGAUGUGGUACAAGGGAGUCAGCUUCACAUCAGAAAAAUGUGCUCUAGUUUAUCUAGUGGAUUCUGGUGGUACAAGAAGUACAGCUGAUAACUUCUUGCAAAUGACCCAGGACUUUUCUGUGUCAGUAUUUUAUACAGGAUCACGUCACGGGCCAAACUGUUCACAAGAAGUAAUUUCAGUUUUGCAAAAUGGUCAAUAUUGGAUGACAGAUGAUCUCACACAAAACUGGAUUAUUAAUGGAAUUCGCAUAUCUCAGACACGGGAUGGUCUGGUCAGAGUUGCAUGUAACAACAAUAAAUAUCAACUUCGUACUUCACCUUCUAAUGGCAAUGCAUCAUUAUCAACACCUUUUGUACACUGCACUGCUUCUAUGGGACAGACGUCACACCUUUUUGUAAGACGUGGUGAAAGGCGCAUGCAUUAUGAUGGUUCCAGCUUUAUUGUGCGCAAUGCAGGACAUUCAGCUGGAUUUGAUGAGAAGAAUCAAUUGAAAGUAUACUGACUGAUACACUGUAACGGAUAGAAUAGUUAUAUUUUUUGAUGAACAUAUGAUAUUAUUGGCUGUUGAGUCAGAAGAGUAAUUUUUCUGGCUUCUUUUUUGAUAGAAUUUAAUAAUCUAGUACAGGGUAUCCUGGUAUACAACAUAUAGCAUUAGAGUCAAUGAAACUGCAAUAAUGUGUAUGUUAUUGUAUGGCACUACAAAAAUGCAACAAUAAACAGUAGUGAGUCACUAAGAGUAUUACAUAUGAUGAAGUGUGCAUGAAGUGAAAUAUGUUUGCUGAGUAUAGUACAUGUGGAACUAUCAGCUACAGAUUUACUUUAUAGAUGUAUGUACGGCAAACUCAAAUGAUUGUGUUGUCAUAUGGAACUAAAAUUAAAAUAUUUCAACUUUUGUUAGGUGACUUGAUAGUUACCAAAAAUCACAUUACUGUAUAAGGCAACUGUUGUUGAUGUACUCUCAUUAAGCACGCAAAGUAGUAAAACCAAUAUUGGAAAAGUAAUCACAGUAUUCUUCAUCGUAAUAAACCAUAAAUUCAUUUUUAGCUUUUACUUAUUUCUUCAAAUUUAUAUAAAUUAUCAAAAUGAUAAUUUUAUUUCAUUUAAAACAGUGAUUUCAUAUGAAUUGUAACUUUUUUCAGUGUGUAAGCUUGUAUUAAUUAUGUUUUGUUCCAUAUUAUGUUAGUUAAGCUGAAAAUUGACAUAAUAAUUUAUUUCAAGGAUUUAAUUCAUACUGUUA